AUUCUGGGAGUCAGAAGGGUCACUGCGUUUACAGCAUGAGGAAUUGGAGGCACUGGGUCACCCACCACCACAACCCUCUACCGCUCUCUAUGCUGAAUGGUCGAGUGAGCAAGAGGCACAGGAAACUGCUGACAGGGAGAAAAAAACAGACACACUCGCUCAGAGUUUUUUUUUCGCUAGGUGAGAGCGUGCAUGCGUGAAAGGGUGUGUGGUGUGUGUGUUUUUGUGUCCCGUUAGCGGGGUAGUAGCUACCCUAGUGACUUUUGUGAAGCCUAAAGCCGACUACGGCACAUGUGGAAUAUACGUCAUUGAGUACACGAACAGCUGUCCCCGGUGAUCUGAACCCCGCUAGUCGCCUCGGAUGAAGACCGCUGACGUGAAUCGCUCCGCGUCUGAGAACUCUCCGAUGUCUCGACGGGACCAGCGCUACAGAAGAGGCUUAAAAGGACGGUGCUGUGAAUGCGGCUCCAUUCUGACCCACUGGUACUUUGAGAAGGAGGGCCGGCUCUUCUGCAAGAGAGACUACUGGGCCUGUUAUGGGGAGAAAUGCCACGGUUGCUCGGAAGCUAUCACAGGCCUCAUCAUGGUGGCUGGCGAGCAGAAAUACCACCCAGAGUGUUUUUCCUGCCACCGGUGUGGAAACUGCAUCGGAGAUGGGGAUUCCUUCACACUUGUGUCACGCUCCAACCUGUACUGUGGGCACUGUUAUUCAACCGCUACGGACCAGCGCGCAAAUAUGGAAGGUCCCACGGAACCGCAUACUGUGACCCUGGUCUCCUUCCCCCCGUCCUCCAAUGGCUGCAGAAGUCUGUCCCUCCACUUGGACCAGGAUGGAGACAGCGAAAACAAGCACAUAUUUCGAAUAUCUGAGAUGGAUGUGACGCAUGCUAGUUUGGAUGUUAAGGCCCUAGCCCAUGUGGGAGAUAAGGUCCUCGAGAUUAAUGGAACACCCAUUCAGAAUAUUUCACUGGAUAAGAUCGACCUGGUGAUCCAUGACACCGAGCGCUUGCUCCAGCUCACUGUAGAGCACGACCCUCAGAGCCCGCAGAGAUCUCCAAGCAGCCCCACCUCCAUCAUAGAGGAGGAACUGGACAUUCCCACCAGCCUCUCAGUACCACCUCAGAAGAAAAGCCCUCGCACUAGAAACAUCCUGCGAAGCUGCAGCACAGAUAAAAUGCCAUGUUCAAACUAUUCUAUGACUGUGGUCUCUCAGAGGAGGGAGAUCAACCGCUCCCAGUCCGUGCGAGAGGACACAGGCAGCAGCAUCCACAGGAUAUUCCGACCCUCCGACCUCAUCCCGGGAGAGGUACUGGGGAAAGGCUUCUUUGGCCAGGCUGUCAAGGUAACUCAUCAAGAGACCGGGGAAGUAAUGGUUCUAAAAGAAGUGAUUCGCUUUGAUGAGGAAACACACAAAAUGUUCUUAAAAGAGGUAAAAGUUAUGCGUUGUUUGGAUCAUCCCAACGUGCUGAAAUUCAUCGGCAUCUUGUACAAGGACAAGCAUCUCAAUUUAAUAUCUGAAUUCAUCCCAGGGGGGACUCUGAGAGAAACCAUAAAGAAAAUGGACUGCAAGUAUCCUUGGAGGCUAAGAGUGAGUCACGCGAAGGACAUUGCAGCAGGCAUGGCUUACCUCCAUUCAAUGAAUAUCAUCCAUCGUGACUUGAACUCUCACAACUGUCUUGUGAGAGAGAACCAAAGUGUGGUGGUGGCGGACUUUGGGCUUUCUCGAUGGGUGACCAAAAGUGAAACCCAGACUAGGCAAUCUGCCAAGGGGAAGGAUGGGCAGCAGACACCACCGGACCGUCGCAGGAAAUACACAGUGGUGGGGAAUCCAUACUGGAUGGCUCCAGAGAUGAUCCAUGGCGAGAGAUAUGAUGAGCGAGUGGACAUCUUCUCUUAUGGAAUCAUGCUUUGUGAGAUAAUAGGAAGAGUGUAUGCAGACCCAGACUUCCUGCCGCGCACCAUGGAGUAUGGACUAGAUGUGUCUGGCUUUGUGAAACAGUUCUGUCCUAAAGACUGUCCUUCGUCUUUCUUCCCCAUGGCGGUCCUGUGUUGUGACCUGGUUGCCGAGAAAAGGCCAAAUUUUGUCACCCUGGAGGGAUGGCUUGAAAAUCUUCUCUUGAACAUGGACAUGGGGCUCCCUCUCUUGUCCGAGGUAGAUGGUGUGCAGAAGGACUUUUGGGAAACCCAGAGACUAUGAGAGGAAUUUAUCUUAGAAUUUCAAUUUAGGUGUUUCAUACGCUCUGCACUUUAAUGUUUGUAAAUGAUGAUGUUCAUCUGAAAUAAAGUUUUGUAUCAAAACAAA